CGAUCAUGUCCUCACGACUUUUCAACCCGAGCUGGUUGGACCAUACAUCAAUGAACGAUUAGUUGCCGAGGCUGCAGUAUACACGAGGCAAGCUACAAUUGUCAUCCAUCUCGAUAGACCCGCGCUGAAGACAGCACGAAUGGUCGCAAUCGCUACUCUACAUAUUUUACAUAGCCCAGCCCGCAAUUAUGCUGGUGACCCAUUCUGCCGUAGACCAAUAACAUCGCGAUGCGCAACAUCCCACUUCCCCGUCGACCCGCGACUCCGACCUGCCCAUCCCCCAUGCAUCACUUGGCUUUGAGCCCCCUCAGCGUCUUCAUCACAUCCUGCAUGUUCUCCAGCUCCGGGCCAGCCCACUCUCCCUCCCACUCCCGUUCGUCCUCGCGCUCCUGUGUCCGCACGAGGAUGCUCCGCAUGCUUUUGCGCGAGUCCAUGCGGCGCAGCACACGGGGAUGUGAUUGCAUCGACGCACGCGAGCUGGACCGUGGGACGGAUUGGGCCACAGCGCGUUCUUGCUCGUAGGUCGGAGGGGGGCAUAUCCCGGGCGGCCCGAAGAAUGCUUGGCCGUCUGAGUAGGUUGCGGCGCGUGAUAAUCGUCUCGGAGGCGCGUGUUCUGAAAUCGAGGACAGCUCGCCGGGGUCGGUGUACGACAUUGGAUGGACGUGUACUGGGUCGAGGGGAGUGGAGGGCGCUGUUCGCGACAUCCUUACGGGUUCCACCGACAACCUUUUUUGGUCUCCCUCGCGCGACGGACGCGCGAAGGACGUUCCAGUGAUGUCCUCCGUCCUCACUGCGCUCGCUCCGCCAUUCACGCUCGUGCUCCUGCGCACAGUCCACCCCUCGUCCGCCACCCCUCGUGCCAUCGCGAAGACUCGCUGCUCCAGCUCCGACUCAGGCGUGCUCAGCGUGCUCGCGCGCCGCCGGCGCUUGAAGGGUCCCGGCUGUUGCGUGCCGCCCGGUGCCGUGAGCACGAGGGACGGGGGCACCUGCUCCCCCAGCGUCCGCGUGAGUUUCGCGAAGCGCAUCGCCAGGCGGGUGUGCUCCUCGUAGUCGGUUGGUGUUGCCGGCGAGAAGACAGGGGAGACGGGCGAGAGUGGGGGGAGCACCGGAGGUGCACUUGGUAGUCGGAGCACCAGAGCGGGGCGCUCGGCGGCGGCUGAGCUUGGACCGCUGCUGCUGCUGUCCACUGGUGAUGCUGCAAGCUGGAUGCCGCGUGAGGAGAUGGUUUGGGAAUCGACUUUGAGGAAAGGCAGGGCGAGAGAAGAGAGUGAUGCGGAGCCGAGGAGGUAGAGACUGCGCUUCCCGCUUGGUCCUCUGGGUGGUCCCGGGUUAGGACUUGGUGGGGUUGAUGUGUCCGGCGGUGCGGCCAUGUCGAUGACGGGUGUUUGCCCCAGUACGGAAGUCAGCUUGCGCAUCGAGCGGACGAGGCGUUGGUGCUCAGUGCUCGGGACCAUAUGUGUCGUUGGCGGCAUCGGCAUGUCGUCGUCCCAUUCGGUGCUUUCCCUCGUUGUCGACAGUCUCUGAGGCAUGGGGGCGUGGCGGUCGCUGCCAGGUGGAUCCCAUUCCAAUUCCUGCACCGAAUAUUUUCGAUUGCCGCGCACGAGUCUAGCAUGCUGUGAUCCAUACACGGAAGACAGGGCUGAUCUCCAGCUGAUCGUCAGAGCCCCUGCGGACAUUGUCUCAUCAUGACAUUUUCUGCUACUUCCGUCCGUUUGCUCGCUUCGGCGUCUUGUGGGCUGAAACUUUAGUGAAGCUCCGUGAAACCAUAGCCUGUGAAUCCGCCGAGGUCAUCCUUAUGGAGCUUGGCGACCCUGGGCCGCGUGCCAUUGGCGAUCGAUCUGGUACAUAAAGUAGACACUUCCAGAAGCUAUUCAAAUAUCUACGGUUGCUGUGACUGGGGCAUCGUCGUCGGGACCUCACCGGUAGUAACACCGCUUCACAGAUCGCUACUCGUACCCAAUGACCGCACUUCAUAAUUACUGACUAACAAGCGCUCACCAUUUGCUUUAACACCCCCGGUGAGUAGCAAGAAUUCUCUGCUUUAGUGACAUCAAAUUUUAAAGAUUAAGAGGAAGAUUCUCA